GCAUGUAACAGUGAUCAGUACGCGAAGGUGCCCAGGAAGGACAUGGUCAGGAUGCUGAAACAGAAAGGAUUCCUGCAGGAUGACAGCGACCACACACACCAGCAGGAAGAGGGGAAGCUCGAUGACUUCCCGACCCCCGGUGUGACCCCUGAAAUCCCCAGGUAUGUUGAGUGUCAAUGGGCGCCCCUCUCAGAGCUGGACCCCGACACCCUGACCUUUCCCGGGGGGGCACCCAUACAGCUCCACACCGUGCCCCCUGCCCUCCUGCCGAGGAUAUCGCUCUUCUAUGUCUGCACCAGAUGUGGCAAGGUGUUCUGGGAAGGCACUCACUUUGGCCGCGUUCUCUCCAUGUUUCAGGACAUCUUGCACAUAACAGACACUGAAGCCGAGGCGCAGCAGCACUGACUGAUGUUGCGCUUUACCGGACCCUCAAAAACAUCCAAAGUAAUAUUCACUCAAUUAGAUCCUAGCGUCCGUGAAACUGAAUUGCCUCGUAUAUAUGUUAGUUUUCCCCUUUGUAAUUGACUUGAUAAAAGUUCUAGAAGAGACUGAAUGUCCUCUGAAUAACCAUUUUGAUAAUAGUUAGGUGUACAGUUAGUUAACACUAAGCCCACUAUUCCUCUAUGAUAAGUAAGUUCAUUUCUUUCUUUACCCCUGAAUCAACAGACUGUUUCAUUUUCAUACCAGGUGGUUUACAGUCAUACGAAAAGCUGAUGUGUAUCAUUUCUACGGUUUUAAACCUAUUGCGUUUAUAAGAGUCAAUGAACCAAAGACGUGUAACGCUGCAUUUGUGUUUGACUUUUGUUGUUGUUGUUGUUGUUUACUCUUCUGCUUAAUUUGUCAGGAUUUAUGUUAUGGGAAGUAUAGAGAUUAUUUGUUCCUCUUGAGUUUUCCCUCGCUUGAUAAUUAUAUCUUAAAAGUACAACGCGGUACAUUAAGUUUGCAUUGUUUAAACAUUUUUAAACAUUUUUAUUUUCUUUUAUGUUAAAGCUGCAGAUACUUUUUUACAGGACUCUGUUCUUUGGCCUUUUAAGCAGUCUGUCGUACUGUACAUUUUUAUUUUCCUGUAAAUUCAUCUGUAUGCUAAAUAUGUGUCAAUAAAGAGCUUUCAUUUCUUUUAUUAACCUGG